AUGUUGCCCGUCGCUUUCGUCCUGCUCUCGCUCUUGGCUGCUGGUCAGCCCUCGCUCGCCUCGCCUUUGCCUGGUCCUGCCCACGGUAAUCCGCUCGCCCUCAGCCGCCGCGGUAUGAGGCAAUCCCCCGCCGGCAACACGACGAAGAUUCCGCUGUUCGACGAUCAGUUUGUGGCUCGAGAACUGCACAACGUGCUGUCCAAGUACAAGAAGGCCCCUGAUGCCCUUCAAGGCAUCAAUCUCGCGCCCGAACGCAACCUCGACUCGCCGCUUGAUGUCAGCGCAAACGUUACCGCGGGCACCACGAACAUCGAUCCCAAUGCCGUUGGAGGUCCCAACGCCGAUGCUCAGGAGGCGCCCCUUCUCUCUGGGCCGCAGCCUCCUGUCAACGUCGUCACAGGCUCCGCUACAUCAGGACACCUUCCUCUCAAGGAUUUUAUGUCCGGGUCGCUCGACUUGCUUUACUACGGGCCCAUCGGCAUUGGCACGCCCGCUCAGAGGUUGACUGUCGAUAUCGAUACCGGCUCUGCAGACCUCUGGGUCCCCGUCGACUGUGACAACUGCCAGGGAGGCGACUCUGCCCGACGCCAAUUCGAUAAGUCGGCGAGCUCGACGUACAUUGCUGGGAACAAUCAGGAAGUCACCAUCAAUUAUGGCUCGGGUAGCGUCAGCGGCGUCGUUGCCUCUGACAUGGUCACCAUCGCCGGGCUCCACAUCGAGAAGCAGACCUUUCUGGCUGUCAACUCGGAGUCUGAUGACUUCAACUCGCUUCCAAGCGAUGGACUCAUCGGACUGGCGUUCCCCAGCAUCGCGCAGACGAAGCAGCCGACAGUUCUCGAGAACUUGUAUGUGCAAGGUCAGAUUAAGACGCCCACGUUCAGCGUCCAUCUUGAGCGUGGCCAUGAGCAAGGAUCAGAGCUCUGCCUCGGAUGCUAUGAUUCCAGUAAAGCGACAGGUCCAACCACUUGGGUACCGAUCAAUACAAGGACGUACUGGACCGUACCGAUGGACGGUAUCGGUGCCAACACGGGGCACUCCACCCCAACGGACAUCUAUGCCGCCAUCGACACCGGCACCACGCUGAUUUACUUGCCCGGCGGUGUAGCCGCCAAGUUCUACGCAAUGAUCAAUGGGUCCAAGCCCGCACCCCAAUACGGGCCAGAAUACUUCACGUAUCCGUGCAACUCGAAGCUUGACAUCAACUUCAUCUUCAACGGCCAGAGCUUCUCGAUGAAUCAGUAUGACUUCAACUUGGUAGGUCGUACAGGCGUGAACUCCCCGGAUUGCGUUGGCGGUAUCAUCGCGAUGGGCAGCGACUUCCCGUCGAAUCUUGCCAUCAUCGGCGACGAGUUCCUCAAGUCAUGGUACACGACCUUCGAUUUCUCCUCUCAUGGGCGGGUGGGUUUCGCGCCCAGCAUCAACAACCGGCAUUAA